UCGCUCUCACAUUAACGAGCGUGGUCUGCGCACCUUAGCCGAGGUCGGUAGUGCCGCCGAUCAUUUCGCUCUCACUAAUCCUAACUACUUUUGCAGAUCUAAUGAGCCUUCAUUCCCUUCAAACCAGCAUAAUAGUAAGAGGAUGGAGUAUAGUACCAGCAGGACUGAACUGCCAGAUACCCACAGGAUUGCAAAGGCAAAGUCGUCAGAAACAGGUGGUGAGAGUAGGAAUUUUGCUUCUCGCGGAUUUAUUAGUGCUGAUGAAUCGUGCACGUCGUCUUCUCCAGUCACUAUACUACGGGACUCGGCUGCAGAUAUAUCAAUGGUGCUCAGAGGCUGUUCCUAACCCUGAUUGUUACACUUGGAGACAUGGUAAUUAUCAAUGGACUGAUAGGCAGGGGUGUAGUGGUAAAAAAAAUCGCUGGGGGGACGCUGCCGGCAAACUUGGUUGACUCUAUUUUUAAACUGCACCAAUACCCCCCC